UGCCACUGAUGUUCUACAACUUUCUCUUACCCUGCAUGAGACGAAAGCUCCUGCGGCGCCACUGAUCGAUGUCGAUCUGGAGGAUAGACCACCCUGUUUAUGUGUAUGUGUAGGACAGGACCGUGAGUGUGUUGUGGGUCUCUGUGUGGAUCUCUGUACUCAUGGAUUACCUUGACGGAUCCCUCCAGCAGUCCAGGAACUUCAAGAAGGACGACUUUGAGGCUGACUGGAUCAGGGUAGCAGAAGGUAGAUUUGGUCAGGUGUACCAGGUCAAGCUCAAGGUCUGGCGGUUAAAAUGUGCCCUGAAAAGCUUUGAGACAUCCUUGUGUGCAAAGAACUUUUACAGGAGAAUAAUAGACGAGGCGUCCAACAUAGCCAAAGUGAAAUUCAAGUACAUUGUAUCCAUCUAUGGACUGUGCAGUGAAGCAACUGCCGUGGUGAUGGAGUACAUGAGUAAUGGAUCGCUGAACAAUCUCCUGGCAAGUCACACUUUGAUGUGGCCAAAGAAGUUUCAGAUGAUUCAUGAGACCUCAAUGGGCAUGAAUUUCCUACACAGCAUGAAACCUCCACUACUGCACCUUAACCUCAAGACGUCCAACAUCCUAUUAGACGAUCAUCUCCAUGUCAAGAUUUCAGAUUUUGGUUUAAUCCACUGGGAAGAGGGCAUGAGCAAGAAAUUGUUCAUGGAGAAUCUGACAGCAAGAGGGAACAUAGGCUACAUUCCUCCAGAGACCUUCACACAGUGCUCCGAUCCUCCAGGAACCACCUUUGAUGUUUACAGCUUUGGUAUUGUGAUUUGGGAGAUUCUGACACAACAGAAACCGUAUGCAGGGUGCAGCGUGACUACAGUGCUCUUACAGGUGUCACAUGGGAAGAGACCCUGUGUGGAGAUCAUACCUGAACAGAGGCCCCAUGAGUGCGACCAGAUGAUCAGCAUCAUGAGCCAGUGCUGGGACCAGGACCACAGGAAGAGGCCACAGUUCUCAGACACCGUGAGGAAAACGGAGGCUCUGAGUGAAGUCCUGAAGAUCCCAGGACCAAUCAAGUGCCACAAAAACGGUGAUGAGGGCAAAUCAAGUUAUCCUUCGCUGGUCUCCCCGAUACACAAGAUUGCUUUGCCGGAGAUGCCUGACCUUCCCUCAGAUGACCAACACGACAAGGACAACAUUCUCUCUCUGCUGUCCAAAAAGGACUUUGGUAGUUUCAGACAGUCUGUGAGAAGAGAGCAUGUCUACACGCUGUUUUCGGAUAAAAAGAGCCUCCUCCACUACACGGUGGCCAGCAGGGAUGCAGAGAGUGUCGAGCAUGUCCUGAGUCUGGGGGCUGAUGUCAACUGCACAACCGCCAAGGGUUACACUCCUCUGAUUAUUGCUGUUCUACACAGGCUUCAUGACAUCAUCUCUUUGUUGCUGGAACAUGGAGCAGAUGCCACACAGGGAGAUGAGGACCGGUGGACAGCGCUCCAUUUUGCUGCUCAGAACGGCGAUGACAGGGCCGUCCGCCUCCUGCUUGACAAAGGAGCAGUGGCGGAUGCCCGGGAAAAAGCCGGUUGGAUGCCCCUCCACCUGGCCUGCCAGAACGGCCACGAAACAGUGGUGCGCCUGCUGCUUUCCAGGCUGUCAGAGGCAGCAGUCGGAGAACGGGAGGCGCAAGGGAGGACGCCACUCCACCUAGCCUCCGCCUACGGACAUCUGAAUAUUGCCAAGCUCCUCCUCUCUCAGGGAGCAGAUCCCAACGCUGCCGACUGCUCUCUCUCCACUCCUCUUCACUCAUCAGCUGAGGAAGGCCAUAACAGAGUGGUCAGACAGUUGCUGAAGAAUGGAAGAAUGAAUACUGACAGUGCAGACAGCAGAGGAUACACUCCACUUCACCUGGCUGCUCUGAAGGGUCAUACAGGCAUAUGCAGGCAGCUGUUGUCAAACAAGUCCAGCCCAGAGUCCAGGACCGUCCAAGGCUGGACUCCCAUGCACCUGGCUGCCCUAAGGGGCCACGAAACCACGGUGGUCCAGCUGGAGAGUCAGGGCGGCUGUGUGAACGCCAGAGGUGAGAACGGGUGGACCCCGCUCCACCUCGCCUGCCAUCAGUGUGAGCCGGAGGUGGUGGCGAAGCUCCUGGCAGCCGAAGCCGACCCAAACGUGGCCGAGGACAGUGAAGGAUGGACGCCACUGCAUGUCGCCUGUACCAGUGUCAGUUUCCCAAGCGUCCUCCACUUGAUAUCGCAUCAUGCGGAUGUCAAUGCAGUGAACUCAGGAAAGGCGACACCUUUACACCUGGCUGCCCUGCAUGGCUGUAUCCCUAUUGUAAAGGCUCUGCUGCUGAAUGGAGCAGACAGGACUCUGCUGGACUCUUCUGGAUCCACAGCUCUGAAUGUGGCCCAGAGGUGUGAAAAAUGGGAAAUAGUGCAACUGCUGGAGAAGUAGUUGCAAUAUGUUAUAUGAGUACAAUGAAAAGCAUGACACAGCUGGAAGAUUAUCCCCUUUUUGAGCCGAACAUUCACUGAGCAGCCUAAAGCGAGAUUUUGAAAAAAGCUUUUUUUUAAUGUUUUUUUUUUUAUUUUUUAGGAAAUAUAGAUGAACGAUGAAGACGAUUAUGAGUAAAAUGCACACUACUCCUAUUUCUAAUUUUUAUACAUUUAUUUCAGAAAACUCCUCACAAUUUGAAUGUCCUGAAAUCAUUAUAUAGUCUUGUUUCUGGUUUUUAUACAAAUUAACUAUUUUCUUUAAUUCUGCCAGUAUUAGGUUUCCUGUACGUUACAACAGACGUACCACACACAGUAAGGUCUUGCUGGCAUUUAUAUAUAAGAAUGAAUGAUCAGAUCCUACAGGCACAUUUUAAUGGAAAAUGGAGCUAACACAUGGGGUCACAACCGGGUGAAGCGCCCAAUAAGGAGAAAACAUAUUGAUUCUGUUCUUCGAAUCACCUUGCUUACUUCCUCCAUGUGCUUUCCUUAUGAAUGGAGUUAAUGCUGCUUUCACAUAUGGAUGAAGAUGAAAACAUAAAAGAGCUGCUGUUGUAAUGACUCACUGUGGCAUUCAUUUGAUUAAACCUGCCAGACUUUAUGAAGGUGUUGUGUAUCUAAUAAUCUGGUAAAAAAUACAGUUGACAACACACUAGUGGAUCACUGUCACUGGCUUCAUUUAGAUGCAUCUGUUGAACUCCUUCAGCUAUAAAUACAUAUGUGCUUUAUGACAAGGAGAGCCUCUGAUUAUCAGUCAUUCCCUGCAGACUGAGGGAAGCACUGCCCAGCUUAUGCCACGCUCAUUUACCACAGUGACACCUUCUUAAAUUGAAAUUAAAUGCAUGGAUUCAGGAGCUGCAUUGACCUGCACGUUCACAGGGACCAUGAGAGACUGUCUCUGAUGGAGGGCUAGGAGUCGAGCCGAAUCAAAUUGCUGUAAAUGAACAUCGCUGAGUUAAAUUGGACUCAGACUGUGUUUAGAUUUUCUGUUUGGUUGCCAAGUGAAAGUCUGCUGUGUCAUUUUUAAAUUGUUAUUUUAUUCCAAAAGUCUGAUUUUCUCCAUGAUGUUUUACCCAGAGUAGGUGAUGUCUGUUGGCUCGCUUGGGUUUCCCCAUUUUUGAAUCUUUGCAUGGCAACACUGAACCAUCCAUCCAUCCUCUUCUAAUCCUUGGCGGAUUAGAAGGAUUGGACAGAGCAUACUGUAUAUGUGGGAGGUUCAUGCUUGGCUAAAAUUACAUUUGCCUGUGGCUGUUCACCUGAUGUAUAAAACCUGUCCACUGACAAAAAAACAAGUCAAAGUGUACAUAUAAUACAUUUUAAAACCAACUUCUAUCCGCAACU